AGAACAAGAUGUUCCAAUUUAAGCCAAUUGUUAUUGGAUGAUAAACUUAUGGCAAUUGUAAACUUAUGGCAAUUGUGGACUCAUUCGAUUAAUUUUUAUAACUUAUCAGAACCUGAAUCAGAACAAAAUAAUCAA